ACUGUCAUCUUCCCUCCAAUUUUUUUAUUUCUCAUAUUCUCUGUCUCUCUGUCUCUCUGUCUCGCAGCUUUUUGGUUUCCUUCUAGAUGGAGAGAACCAGAGAUUGUCUUCUUCAAGCUUUUCCCUUUAGUCUAAAGCAACUUCUACCUUGGGUCCCUCCAUUUCUUUUGAAAAAAAAAAUUUAUUUCCUCAUUAUUUUAAUUUAUUCAAAAUAAUUUUUUCUAACUGUAAAGCUUUGUGCACCAGCUUUCUUUUUAUUCUUCUUCUUCGUCUGUGAUCGACACGAGAAAGAAAGAAAGAAAGAAAGAAAGAAAGAAAGAAAAAAAUCCUAGAAGAAGAAGAUGCCUGCGAGGAGGGUCUUCAGUCCAAAUCCCACCCCAACCCCUGAAACAAUCCUCAGAGCCAAGGGAUUUUUACUUGCUAUUACCAUCUCAUCUGCUGUUCUUCUCCUUCUUGGCCUCUGCUUCUUGCUAUUCUACCUCUGGUACUCUCUAUUUAAUCGCUCUCGCACCAGCCCUUUUGACUCUGGUUCCCCUUUGAGAUUACAAAAGUUCUCUUACAAGGAGCUUAAUUCAGCUACCAAUAAAUUCAGAGAUUGUAAUUCCAUCGGUAAAGGUGGAUCAGGGACUGUGUUCCGAGGUAUUCUCCGUGAUGGAAAAUCUGUUGCUGUUAAGAAGCUUGAUUCGAAUUCGUUACAGGCUGAUAGAGAGUUUCAGAACGAGUUGCAGGUUCUUGGUGGUCUAAGAUCAUCGCCAUAUGUGGUUACGCUUUUGGGUUUCUGUGUUGACAAGAAACAGAGGUCUCUGGUUUAUGAGUAUAUGCGGAAUCGGAGUUUACAAGAAUCGCUUUUUGCAGAGGGGAUAGGGGUUCCGAUUCUGGAUUGGAACCGAAGGUUUGAGAUCAUCGUCGACAUUGCUCGUGCUCUCGCUUUUUUGCAUUUGGAAUGUGAUCCGCCGGUCAUCCAUGGUGAUAUAAAGCCAAGUAAUGUUCUUCUGGGUUCUGAUUUCAGGGCUAAACUUUCAGAUUUUGGGCUUUCUAGGGUUAAAUCGGAAGCUGAGUUUGGGGUCGAAUUUAGUCAAGAAUUGGGUCGGAGUCAGGAGCUGCUCUGGAAAACUCAAGAAUUUUCCGGAAAUUUAGCUGCGAUUCCUCCAGAAACUCCAACAGAGAACACUCCAAAGGUAGAUUUUGCUCUGGGUUGCCAAGCCUCUUCCUCCAAGAAUGGUAGAAUUGGCUUAAAUGUGAAAUCUUUGAACUCGAAUCCUUCGACUCCUAAGGGGAAGGAGAUCUUCUACAUGGAUAUGGCUGGAGAAGAUUUUGAUAAUGAUCUUUAUGACAGUAGGGAAUUAAAUUUUAAUGCGUAUAUGUCCAUUGAUGACACAGCAGCAAGCAGGAGAAAACAAUGGGGGAAGGAUUGGUGGUGGAGACAUGAGGGGAGUGGCGAAUUGUGUCGUAAAGAUUAUGUAAGAGAAUGGAUUGGAACCCAGAUUUGCCCAUUGACGAACUCUGAUUGGGAUGAAGAGAAGAAAAAUUCACCUGAAACAACACAGAUGGAUCAAUUAGAGAAAGAAGACAAGGAUGGAAAUGAAACCCAACGUCCAAAGAAGAUUGGUAAUUACAAGAAGCAUAGGAAGAUGCAAGAAUGGUGGAAAGAAGAAAACCUUGCAGAAAUUAGCAACAAGGGUGACAAGUUAAGAAAGCUUGAACUCAGUUGCAGAAGGGCAUUCAAAGUCCCACAUUUAGAUCUGGGUCGAAGGUUUCGGCUCCGAAAAGCUACUUGUUUGGGGGAACAGAUUCAGAAUGACUGUGAUCCCAAUGUGGAAUUCAGUUUUAGGAAGAGCUGGAAGAACAAGAACAAGAAGAAGAAGAAGAAGAACAAUUCUCCUGGUAGUGAUAUGUGGAAUGGAGAUCUAUUCAGCCGUGAGCUCAGUAGUACAACAAGUGUAAGAGGAACUGUGUGUUAUGUAGCACCAGAAUAUGGGAAUUGUGGGUAUUUGAUGGAGAAGGCUGAUAUGUACAGUCUAGGAGUUUUGAUCCUAGUGAUUAUAUCUGGAAGAAGACCUUUGCAUGUUCUGUCUUCACCUAUGAAGCUCAAGAAAGCUAAUCUGAUAAGCUGGUGUAGACAAUUGGCACAGACAGGGAAUGUAUUAGAGCUUGUAGAUGAGAGAUUGAAAGGGACAUACAACAAAGGGCAGGCAAGCUUGUGUAUAAACUUGGCCCUCUUGUGCAUACAGAAGAUGCCGGAAUUGAGGCCGGACGCCGGAGAAAUUGUUAAGAUUCUGAAAGGGGAGAUGGAUAUCCCUCCACUUCCUAUGGAUUUAUUGCCUUCUCCUUCUAAUAAGCUCCACAGCAGAUCAAGAAGAAAACAAAAGAUUGAUGCAGAGUAGAGUUUUUUUAAGUUCAAUUUAAUUGUAAAUUUCUUCCUUUCCCAUUUGGGUUCUUGCAGAGUAUAGUAUUAUGUGUAAGUAAAUAUAUAUUUUUUUUAAAAUGUAAGAAGAAUAUAGUGAUGUUCUUAUUGACUCUUUC